AUGCCACAAAGAAAAGGCUUAGAAAAUCACACCGUUGGAUCUGGAUUCGUUCUUCUGGGAUUCUCUGACCAUUCCAGCUUGCAGGGCAUGUGCUUCACAGUGUUCCUGGUCAUUUAUCUUGCAGUCCUCACAGGGAACAGCCUGAUUGCACUCAUCACAGUGGUGGAUUCAAACCUCCACAGCCCCAUGUAUUUCUUCCUGCGGAACUUGUCCUUCCUGGAGAUCUGCUACACAUCAGUCACUCUGCCAAAAAUGUUGGUGGGUUUCCUGAUGAAAGAUGGUAGGAUCUCCUUCCUCGGCUGUGCAGCCCAGCUCUAUUUCCUGGUUCUGUUCGGCAGCAUCGAAUGCCUUCUCCUGGCUGCCAUGGCCUAUGACCGCUACACAGCAAUCUGUGCCCCUCUGCACUACAGCCUUCUCAUGAGCAGGGGACUCUGCACCAGACUGAUGGUGGGCUCGUGGAUGGUGGUGGUGCCAGUGCAAGUAGGACAGACCUACCAGGUGUUCACUUUGCCCUUCUGUGCAUCCCAUGACAUUCAUCACUUUUUCUGUGAUGUCCCCCCACUGCUGGAACUCAGCUGUGCAGACACUUUCUGGAACCAUGUAAUGCUGUACACCAUCAUCCUGGCAUUUGUAAUCUUGCCCUUCUCCUUCAUAGUAAUUUCUUACAUUAAAAUUAUCAGAGCAAUUCUGAAAAUUCCUUCAGUUCUGGGCCGACACAAAGCCUUUUCCACCUGCUCUUCACACAUCGUGGUGGUGACGCUCUUCUAUGGCUCAGCCAUUGUUGCCUACUUAAAGCAACGGUCAAGGGAUUCUGUAGACACUGACAAAUACCUUGCCCUGUUUUACACAGUUGUGACCCCUGUGUUUAACCCUGUCAUCUACAGCCUGAGGAAUACAGAAGUGAGAAUUGCCUUGAAGAGGCUCCUGUGGACAAAGUGA